UUGUAGUUGCCACGUCCACGGCGUCUCCCAAAGUGUGGUCGCUGAAGCGCGCAGCCACUCCGAUUGGCGGCAAGUGCUGGCCUUCGCCUGCUGCGAGACCUCAGUGAGCCAUGGCUUCAGGUGCAACCGACGUGCCACCUGGGCUUCACGCGGAUGGUCGACUCUCUGUCUUGGCCGAGUCGGGGUCCAUGGGUUGGAUGCCCUUCAAAAAGGCAAAGCUCUACACGAACGCAUUCGUGAGGCAGGAUAGUAAGCUCCUGCUCGGCUUCAAGAAGCGGGGCCUUGGAAAAGGACUGUACAAUGGCUUUGGUGGGAAGGUAGAUCCCGGAGAAACGCCCGCUGAGGCAGCAGUGCGGGAGCUCAAGGAGGAAGCUGGGAUAACAGCCAAACUCGAGCACCGAGGCACGCUGUUCUUCAUGAGCCCUGAAAUCGCCGAAGCCGCUCGCAUCGAGGUCUAUUAUGCCGAAGACUUUGACGGCAAUAUUACAGAGUCCGAAGAGAUGCGUCCUGAAUGGUUCGCUAUCCCAGACACAGAUGCCCGACACCAUCAUAUCAUCCAGAACCCGAGACAAGUCGAUGGAACGUCCGGGCUACGGUUCAUCCCGUACGACGAGAUGUGGGAGGACGAUGCAGUGUGGUUGCCAGCUUUCCUUUCCGGUCGCCAUUUCAUCGGACGCGCAGACUUCGGGACAGAUGGUCGUCUACAGAAAUGGUGGUUUGCGUUGAAGUAUUAGCAAUUCUCUCGUAGACAUCGCCUCGG